GAUCGAUGAUCUCUCCAAAAGUUCGAGGCAAUUGGGUCGGUAGCAUUGUUGCACGAGCGGGUGCAUGACUUCGCCACCCACAGCAUCCUGAGCCCUUGCCUAAUUCUCUGCAACAACAGCAUUUUUAAGAUUUUGUCACAGAGCCACUGUUCAACAUGGUAAUUGUCUCACUCGUGGCAGCUGGGGUUGGUCGUGCGAUAGAUGCAUAUUCCGACAGAAAGGCCAGGAGAGGAGAACGACGACGCAGUUCGGAUAGCCAAAUAGAUGGAGAGAUUGCCGUUGUUUCAGAAGAUGUAGAACAGCAACGACGAGAACUGGAAGCUUUCAAGGAGCUGCAAAACUAUGCUAACUUCCAAGAUGAUCUGUCAAGCAAAGUCCUUGAUGAUCUUUCCCGAGAAAAUGCUUCUAUCGCAUAUAGUGACCAGUCACUCCCGCGACAGGACUCUACCAGCUAUAGUCCUCCAAGGCCAGUGAUUUCUCGGAUUCCCAGUCGCCCAAAGCUGCAGUGGCCCAUUAUCAUACCUCAAGGCAAUACGCAGAAUGGAAACAGCUGCUGGGUUCGAGCAUACCCACGACCCUUAUUGGAAUUAGGAAUUGAUCAAUCUACUUUCCUGAGCUUCUUGGAUUCUUUCGAUGUGCACAUGAAGCUAUCGACUCGUUUGGAAGCGGUCAAUGUUGCGAGCACUUCGUCUGGAAUAGGGUGGCGAGAUGUCCCUGGAAGCUUCUCAAGAUCGAUUCCCGCCGCCGUACAAGUGAUGAAGGCGCAUCAGAGGGAACGAAAGAGCAAUUCUUUUCUCAACCACGUUAAUACAUUGACGUUCCGCCCUCGAGGCUUGUAUGCUAUAAUCAUUACAUCUCGUUCAGACUCGCCCUUGCAAGUUAUCACUGUCGAAGUCCCGCCUCCGAAACCAGUUCAAUACUUCGACACUGAUGUGGAGAUGUGGACUGGGGACGACUCGAGUAAAUUACCUGAAGAGGACUCAAUGAUUGCAACUUCGGACACAGUCUCUAGUAUGCUAUCCUACCGUCAAUCCGACGGGUACAGUGCUAUGAGUCUUGACUCUGCCCAACGAAAACGCUCUCUUCAGCAGGUACCGAACGCAUAUUCUCCUAGCGAAGAAGCAUUUGAAGGAAUAUCCGAUGCAGAGCAGUCAGCUCCUCGAAGUCCUUUUGCCUCUCUCCUCUCUUCUGUCGCCAAACAUAGAGAACGGAAGAAUGAGGUCGUAACCAAGCGCCUUCGCAAGGACACAAGACCCUUCACUCGACCAAGUAUAGCACUUACGAAUGCGUUGGAUAACGUGCUCAAUAGGCCCAUAUCGAAUAGUCACAACGUCACACCAACUUGGGAGAAAAUGAACAUGGAGGCGGAUGCGUUGUACUUGGUUAUUGUCAAUGAUCCAGAAGAAGAGAUGCCACAACCUGCGAAAUCUAUGGGAAUGUACAAACAACCCAUGAGCACCAACAAGCAGAACCCCAGCAAGCGAAACGUGAGCAGGCAGAUCAAAGGUGGCAUGAUGCGACAACCACAAUCCUCUGAAAGCAGCUCGUCAAAUCGCUUCGUCUACGACCCCGUUUAUGACACACCUAGUUCAGCACCACCUGCAUACAGCGAGAAGCAGUGAGGGCUUGCCCAAAUAGUCACGUGACAACGAGACGCUUGACGAAGUUGCGCUUUCAUGUAUCGCUGGACGUGGGUUUAUGUUUGCAGAAACUAUAGUUGGUACAUCAAAAGAUUAUUAGACAAGUGUAUGCUGGUAUAGAGGUAGGUAGGAUUCGAGCACUACCAAGAACCGACUAGAUGGCCAUCCCGAGACCAACUAGUCAUAGAAUUCUUAGUACCCGCUAAUAAUC